CUUCCAUUUUCCUCCGCCUCUGGUUGUCAAGAAGAUGGCAGCUUCCAGGCAGGCAUGAGAGGAAAUACUUCUUCACAAAUCGAAUGAAUUUGGAUUAUUGCCGCGAGAUAAGACCACCUAUCAGUGUUUUUGCAAUCACUGCAUCGAAAUAAAAGUCAUGUCUGCUCCUGGCUCCGCGGUGUCUGGAACCACGGCGUCGGUUCUGCAGCCGCGGUGGAAACGGGUCCUCGGAUGGUCCGGUCCGGUUCCCCGGCCCAGACAUGGACACAGAGCUGUGGCUAUAAAGGAGCUUAUGGUUGUCUUUGGCGGAGGAAACGAAGGGAUAGUGGAUGAAUUACAUGUAUACAACACUGCAACAAACCAGUGGUUUAUACCAGCAGUCCGUGGUGAUAUCCCUCCUGGUUGUGCUGCGUAUGGUUUUGUUUGUGAUGGCACAAGAUUGCUCGUGUUUGGAGGAAUGGUGGAGUAUGGAAAGUACAGCAAUGAUCUAUAUGAACUACAGGCAAGCAGAUGGGAAUGGAAGAAGUUGAAAGCUAAAAACCCCAAGAAUGGCCCCCCUCCCUGCCCUCGCCUUGGCCACAGUUUUUCCCUGGUGGGCAACAAAUGCUACCUGUUUGGCGGUCUGGCCAAUGACAGUGAGGAUCCAAAAAACAACAUUCCCAGAUACCUGAAUGAUUUGUACACACUCGAGCUCCGUGCGGGGUCCAGUGUGGUAGGAUGGGAUAUUCCAAUCACAUAUGGAGUUCUACCUCCGCCACGUGAAAGCCACACCGCCGUGGUAUACACAGAAAAGGCCAGCAGGAAAUCUCGUUUGAUAAUCUAUGGCGGAAUGAGUGGUUGUCGUCUUGGAGAUUUGUGGACUCUUGAUAUAGAUACUCUGACAUGGAACAAACCUUCAGUAAGUGGCACAGCGCCGCUCCCCAGGAGUCUUCACUCUGCUACCACCAUUACAAACAAGAUGUAUGUUUUUGGAGGAUGGGUUCCUUUGGUAAUGGAUGAUGUCAAAGUGGCCACACAUGAGAAGGAGUGGAAGUGCACAAAUACUCUUGCUUGUCUAAAUCUUGACACUAUGUGUUGGGAGACAGUAUUGAUGGAUACUCUGGAGGAUAACAUCCCCAGAGCCCGUGCUGGCCAUUGUGCUGUGGCAAUCAACUCCAGACUCUAUGUCUGGAGCGGUCGUGAUGGUUAUCGAAAAGCUUGGAACAACCAAGUGUGUUGUAAAGACCUUUGGUACCUGGAAACUGAACGGCCACAUGCACCUGCCAGAGUGCAGUUAGUCCGUGCCAACACAAACUCAUUGGAGGUGAGCUGGGGCGCUGUCUCCACCGCUGACACCUACUUGUUACAGCUACAGAAGUAUGACAUCCCAGCAACUCCAGCUGCAGCCUCGCCAGCCAUGAGUGCAACGCCAUCCCAGCCAGUUAACUCCCCGAAGAGCCCCGCACCUGCUGCUGCAGCACCCACUGCUCAGAACCUACCACAGACAGCUGUUUUGAAGGUUGCAGCUCAACAGUCUGCAACAGGUGCAUCUGUGGUCACUGUUCGACCCAGUCAGCCUGGGAAAUCCCCUGUCACUGUAACAUCCCUUCCUCCCGGUGUCCGAAUGGUUGUGCCUGCCCAAACCACUCAAGGAUCGCCAAUUGGCAGCAGUCCUCAGAUGAGUGGCAUGGCAGCUUUAGCUGCAGCUGCAGCAGCAACACAGAAGAUCCCACCAUCCUCAGCUGGCACUGUCCUCAAUGUUCCUGCAGGUGCCACCAUACUUAAAACGGUAGCGGUUUCACCUGGCACAACCACAGUGAAAGUGGCUUCUCCAGUAAUGGUCAGCAACCCAGCCACUCGGAUGCUGAAGACUGCUGCUGCCCAGGUGGGCACAGCAACUGCAUCUUCUCCUACCACCACCAGGCCUAUCAUUACUGUCCACAAGUCGGGUGCUGUUACAGUGGCCCAGCAGGCCCAAGUGGUAACCACUGUGGUUGGAGGAGUCACCAAGACCAUCACCCUGGUUAAGAGUCCCCUCACCAUGGGGGGCAGUGGAACUCUGAUCUCCAACCUUGGCAAGAUGAUGUCUGUGGUACAAACCAAGCCAGUGCAGACAUCAGCUGUCACAGGCCAGGCUUCCACUAACCCUCUCACACAGAUCAUACAGACAAAGGGUCCCCUUCCAGCCGGCACCAUCCUGAAGUUGGUGACCUCUGCAGAUGGCAAGCCCACAACCAUCAUCACCACUUCCCAGGCAGGAGGCACAGGAAACAAGCCCACUAUCCUCAACAUCAGCGGCGUCUCGCCUACCACCACUAAGCAGGGCACCACCAUCAUUAAGACCAUCCCUAUGUCAGCCAUCAUGACCCAGCCUGGAGCUACAGGUGUGACGAGCAGUGCAGGCAUGAAAACGCCUAUUACAAUCCUUACCACAAAGGUGAUGACCACUGGAACACCUGGUAAAAUAAUUACUGCAGUGCCCAAACUUGCUACUGCAGCUGGUCAGCAGGGACUGACACAGGUGGUUUUGAAGGGUGCCCCUGGGCAGCCAGGCACAAUUUUGCGUACUGUGCCCAUGAGCACAGUGGGUGGUGUUCGGCUUGUUACACCAGUGACAGUGUCUGCAGUUAAACCCACUGUCACCACCUUGGUCGUUAAGGGGACUACUGGUGUCACCACUCUGGGGACAGUCACUGGUACAGUCUCCACUAGUCUGGCAGGAGGAACUGUAGACACUUCCAAUGCAUCUCUGGUUACCCCCAUCACCACACUGGGAACCAUAGCGACCCUGUCCAGCCAGGUCAUCAACCCGACUGCCAUAACGGUGUCAGCUGCCCAAACUAGCCUGACUUCUGCCUCAACACUGCCCUCGUCCACCAUCACCGUGCAGAACCAGCCCACACAGGUGACUCUGAUCACCACUCCCAGUGGAGUAGAAGCCCAGCCAGUGCAGGAUCUACCUGUGUCCAUCCUUGCUUCACCCACAUCAGAGCAGCCCAGCUCCACUGAAGCUGGAGCUGCUGGAGAGGGCUCUGGGACUGUCACCCUGGUUUGCUCCAACCCACCCUGUGAGACACAUGAGACAGGAACCACCAACACAGCCACCACCUCUUCUGCAACCAUUGGAGCAGGGCAGGUUUGCUCUAAUCCACCCUGUGAGACUCAUGAAACAGGAACCACCAACACAGCCACAACUGCAUCCUCAAACAUGUCUGCGGUGCGUGUGUGUUCCAACCCGCCAUGUGAGACCCAUGAAACCGGGACAACAAACACAGCUACCACAGCCUCAGCUAAUAUGGGAGGAGUUCAGCAAGUAUGUUCUAACCCGCCCUGUGAGACCCAUGUGACGGGCACCACCAAUACAGCCACCCAGGCCUCAUCGAACAUGAACGCAGGUCAGAGCGCAAGCACAGGCGCCGUUCAGAGAGUCUGCUCUAACCCACCCUGUGAAACCCAUGAGACAGGAACCACCAACACCCCGUCCACAGCCACCUCCAGCAUGGGAGGUGAUCAGACCAGCACAGCAACAGGCCAGGUCCAGAGGGUCUGCUCCAACCCACCAUGUGAAACGCAUGAGACUGGGACCACCAACACAGCGACCACUGCCACCUGCACCAUGGAGACAGGCGAAGGCUCAGCCCAGCAGACAGAGGAGGGAGCUGAAGGUACGAGCAGCGCAGAAGUGGCUUCCACCACCGCAGCAUCUGGCGUGGUUACCACCACACAGGGAAGGGCCAUCACUACUGUGACUCAGUCCACACCAGCCCCCGGACCCGCUGUACCUUCAAUCUCCUCCAUCACAGAAGGGGUUAGUGCUGCUGCCAGUUCAACAGAGGAACCCAUGCAGACAGAUGAGACGCCAGCGACAGAAGCAACACCUGCAGAGGAUGCAGCCACUGCUAUGGAAACACAAGCAGAAGGAGAAGCAGCAACAGCAACUGCCUUGAACCUGCCGUCAGAGCUGAUGUCUGAAAGCCAGGGAACCACACUCAUGGUGACAGGGUUGUCGGACGAGGAACUGGCUGUGACCGCAGCAGCAGAGGCUGCCGCUCAGGCUGCAGCCACUGAAGAGGCCCAGGCCCUGGCAAUACAGGCGGUGCUACAGGCAGCUCAGCAAGCCGUAAUGAAUGAGGGUGAUUCUGCUGGAGAGAGCCAACAACAGACCAACAUCCCCAUCAUGCUGACCCAGCAGGAGCUUGCAGCGCUGGUCCAACAGCAGCAGCAGCUGCAGGAGGCUCAGGCUGCAGCGCAGCAGGGCGCCGUGGACACCAGCUUACCCACCGAGGGUCUGGCCCCUGCUGACAGCCUCAACGACCCCUCAGUCGAGAGCAAUGGACACAACGAAAUGGCAGCUGCAGUCACUAGUGCCGUGGCGUCUCUGCUGCCACGUACCACUGCAGAGACAUUAGCUCCCUCAAGUACGUUUGCACCCUCUGUGUCAGUAGCAAGUCCGGCCAAGCUGCAAGCAGCAGCUGCUCUGGCCGAGGUCGCCAAUGGCAUCGAGGGAGAGAAACAAGCUCCUCAGCCAACACCAGUGAAGCCGGUGGUAAAGAAAGAGAACCAGUGGUUUGAUGUGGGCAUUGUUAAAGUGACAAACAUGGUCGUCACCCACUUCUACGUGCCAGCAGAUGAUUCACACGGAGAUGAUGACUCCGGCAUCAUACCAGACUACAGCCAGAUGAAGAAAAUGGAGCUUCAGCCAGGAACUGCUUACAAGUUCCGUGUUGCUGGAAUCAACGCUUGUGGUCGUGGAGCUUUCUCAGAAAUUUCUGCUUUUAAGACUUGUCUACCGGGCUUCCCAGGAGCACCUUGUGCCAUCAAAAUCAGCAAGAGCCCAGAUGGUGCCCACCUGACCUGGGAGCCUCCUUCAGUGACAUCAGGAAAGAUCAUCGAGUACUCCGUGUACCUGGCCAUCCAGAGCAACCAGACGGCCGAAGCCAAGGCCUCCACCCCGGCCCAGCUAGCCUUUAUGCGCGUCUACUGUGGACCCAACCCCUCGUGCUUGGUGCAGUCGUCCAGCCUGUCCAACGCCCACAUUGACUACACCACCAAGCCCGCCAUCAUCUUCCGUAUCGCCGCCCGCAACGAGAAGGGCUACGGUCCCGCCACCCAAGUCCGAUGGCUGCAAGAAUCUGGCAAAGAUGCUGCUUCUGCAAAACCGGCACCCAAAAGACCAGGAACCUCCCCUGAUACUAAGGCUACUGGUCCAAAGAAAGCAAGGACGGACCAGUGAGGUUGCCCCGAGCCCCCCCCUCCACCCACCCAGUCUUUUGUCCUUUUUCCACUCGCUGUCCUUUUAUCAGGAAGACUGACCUUCACCCCCUCCACCUCUUCAUCCUCAUCCUAAUCUCAUCCUCCACCUUCAAGUCUCAGAUCAAGACAGCAGUGGAGGCAGAACAACAGUAUGAAGCCGAGAUGAAAGUCAAUCUGAGAGAAGUUUCUGUAGAUAAACCCUCCUUCCUCCUCGUUCUGUUGGUCGUACUAUUUUUAGAGCAACACAAACUUAGAAGCACAUUAUCUUUUUAAGCCACACCCCCUUCCAUCCUUUUAACAUCUGUUUUUGGCUUGUUUCAGUAGUUGAGCAGUAUAGAGAAGCAUUUACAUCUUUCACAAACUGGGAGCCAGCCUGAGCGUGAUGUUUCCUUUUUUUGUCUUUUGUUUUGUGAAUCCUGGGGGGAUGUAGAGAGAGACUACAUGAAAUGAUGUACAGUGUUGAAAAAAAUGCUGUGGAGGCAUUAGUUUAGAUGAGAGGAAAAAUCGGUAUGGAAACAAAUAAAGCACUUGUCCUCAAUGAAAAGAGGACAUCAAUUUUUUUUCUUUUUCUUUUUUUUUUUUUUUUUUUGCAAGAAAUUUUGCUUCGAGAACCAAGUCUGUACAGUCAUCAUACUGGACUCCAGUCUCCUGGUAAUGUCAUCACUGUGCGCUUUUUACCCCAAGAUGAGGACUGGUGGCCGACACUUUGACGUGGACAAAAAAAAGGCAAAGGAAGAGAUUUGUAGAGAAUGAAUGACAGACUUUGCUAGGACAGAGACUUGCAGCACACACAAAAAAAAACCUUGCAAAAUUUUCCCAAAAAAUUAGCAAGCAAUGACGCAGAGGAUCUUUUGUGUAGUUUAUUUUUGUAUUUUUUAAGCUUUUUUUUUUCUCCUGUGUGUAUGUGUAUGUCGUGUGCAUUUUUAAAACAUCACUUUUUUUAACUGUUGUUCAUCCCCAUAGUUUGUGUUUGUGGGAAGAUGGGUGGCUGUACCGAGGUUGCCACUAUAUUUUUAAAAAUCUUCAUUCAGUUGGUUGUAUGUUCUUGUCGUUAACAGAUGGUAAUGAAAGAGAGGAAGACAUGUGUAUAUGUUCCAAGUAGAACCGCAGAGGUUAUAGGACUGAAGGGAACUUUUGAAGUGGACCCAGGGAGAGAAGAGUUUUUCCUUUGUUUACUGCAUCCUACUCAAUGCUUGUGUUGCUUUGUUUGCCAAACAGGGAAUUUAGCCGGGUAUGAGCACCACAACACCUGCUUUUCAUACCCACAUCCCAUUAAUAUCCCAAUCAGUUGUCCUACUCCUACGCCUUUUAUGCUCAUAAAUGUGGUGUCUCACCUCUUCUUUAAUUUUUAGAAUGGCAAAUUAUAUUAGUAGACAUGAUUUCCCUAUCCUAUUGAUGUAUGUGAAUCCAUUUAAUAAAUUUCCAUUUUUUUCUUUCACGGCUCUGUAUUUCAGACUACAGAUGGUGUGCAAGCGAACUGUGACAUGUAAGCGCGUAUGUCUUUGAAUGGGAACGUCUUGGGAGGAAAGCUUACAUAGCCAGAGUGUACUCACUUGUAAAUUAGUUCGUUCAUAGAGCAAGAAUAAAAAGAAAAACGAAACAAAAAAACAAAAACAUCUUGGCCUUUUAUAUAAUUACCUGUAACAAACUGUUUUUACAUGUUGGUCAUCUCUUGAUUGCCUUUUGUGUCUUUACUUAUAAAAGAAACAAAUAUAUAUAUAAAUAUAUAUAGUCUCCCUGAUUGUUCUAAUUUGCUUCUGUCGAGCUGAUUCACUGUAGGAGUCUGAAUCACUGCUACGUUCAUUACAAUACAAACUUGUACAGGGAGGAGGUUUCUGAACGGACAUGAGUGUAUAUCUACUUUGUAAGGGGCGGCGCUUCGGUUGUGACGCUACCCGCCAGGAAGAUCAGGACCAAGUGCCCGCGUGCCGCCUUUUUCUCUGGCUCGCACCUUGGUUUUCCGUUUGUGGUUUUCUCCCGAUUUCCUUUCUAGAACUGAACUUUCUCUUCAUAUGCAUUCAUAAUUUUGUGCGUGUCGGUGUGUCUGUUGAACAAAACUAGACAUGCAUGCAAAAGCAGUGUAUUUUAGUAGUGAUGCCUUAAGUUAGACCAUAAGCUGAAGGUUCUCAAAAAAAGAAAAAAAACAUUUACUGAGUUUGUUCCUCUCUCCAUGUGGUAUACAAUUGUGUCCUUUCCUUCCACAGUACCUUUGCUGGGUCACUCUUUUUGCGCCCUCGUUAGAUAGGUCAUCAUCAGCAGUGCCGAGGUCUCUCUGGACUUUCCCCCCCCCGCUGGGACCGGUGCUGCUCUCAGCACUGGCAGUUGUUGCGAGUUUCUCUCGGCUGUUUGCAGGUUAUCUGGAAAUGUCCUGUAUUUUCCAAUGUGUGUUUUUUGUACUGUAGGGAGUAAUGUAUCUUUUAUCAUCAAAAAUAAACAUGUUAAACAUA